CCACCAUGCCAGUACAGUAACAUGGCGGUCUGAUGUAAGAGGAGUGUGAGUUUCAGCAACCUGAAUCAGUGGAGAGACCGCGGGUGGUGUUUAUAUUUUAUCAUUAGAAAAAGAAUAACGGCUGGAUGUAAAUGUCGGGCCUGUUCACACGGUCCCGGUGAUCAUCCAGAGAGUCUUUCCCGGUAGCAGAGUUUGGGACUCGAUCUCGAGUGACCAGACGGUAACGUCAAGCAUCCCGGGUUCGGAACGAGGAUAUUCAGCCUUCGCCACGGAAGAGGAAGCCUGUGUUUCUCGCUGGGCUGCUGAAUUGUGACUGAAAACUUCAAGUCAAUCAGUCAAAACCAAAGUAGGAACCACAAGCAGAAAGGUCAGCGUGAGCAGGAACUUGCUCCACAUAUGAGGAGGCAUCUGACAAGACAGCCACAGCACCAGAAACCCAGGGCAUAUGGAUCCCAAUGACUCUGGAGAAGGGCAAGAGGAGCAGCAUUACGAUUUAACACCCAGCUCCAGAGGACGACAGCGGAAGAAAAAUCCAAAAUAUUUUGAUUAUGAAACAGAUGUAUUUGAUGUGGAAAGUGUCCAGCAAAAAACACCUACAGAGAAGUCAAGAGGAGAGGGAGCGACUUCUAAACAGACUCCGGCAAAGAGUGGAAAAGCUAAGAAUGCCACUCAACAGACUGCAGAUGGGGAAAACGAAGCAACUGACAAAACACCUCAACAGUCAGAUGGGAAAACCUCAGAGGACACACCUAAAAAGGUAAUUAGAGCAAAGAAGACUCCAGCCAAAAAGACUCCAGCCAAAAAGACUCCAGCCAAAAGGACUCCGGCCAAAAAGACUCCGGCCAAAAAAACUCCCAACACUGAUGGGGACCUCUCGACUGGGAAGGGUGAAGUUCUAGAUACUGAACAUCAAGAAAAUAGGACACCAAAGCCAAAGAGAAAGUAUGUGAAGAAGGAGCCUACAAAGGAACCGGAACCAGUUACAGAACCACCAUGUAAGGAGGCUGAAGGGGAACUUCCGAUUGAACCUGAGGGGGAGACCCAGCCAGGAGGCCGUCGUAGGAGAGGUGCUGCUAAAGCGGCAUUGAAAUACCUCCAUAAUUUGGCAAAAGAAGUGCUCGGUCAUUCCAAUGAUGAGUCAGGCCCACAGCCAGAGGCCAACAGCGAUAUUACAGAGGGGAAAAGUCUCAAAGGAAAGAAAGGGCGGAAAGGCCGCAAGAGAAAACUGGCCGACUGUGACAGUGGUGCAGAAGAUGAGGACUUUGUUCCAGAUGUUGAAGAUGAGGAUUUUGAGGAAGUGGAAGACGAAGAAGAAGGAGAGGACUCAGACACAGACUUUAGGACAGUUGGAAGAAGUCCAGCAACUUUUCACUGCAACAAGGCCUUUACGGGCCCAGGCGCCAGAAUCCCCAACGGUCUCACCACUAACUACAUGAGAACUGUUUGGGAGUUCACUGAGACGACUAAGAAAUUCCGGGAGGAGCACUACAGCAGCUGGGUGUUCCCAGAGUGGGUCCCCUCCACCAGUGACUGGCACCUUGUACCACAAAGUGAUUUGGAGAAAUACCUGCCUCAGGAGCUUCAGUCGGCUGCUUUCAAAGUGUCCAGAGAAGGCCACCGUAAGGAGGAGACACCUCUUCAAAGACUCAAAAGGUUCGCAGCAGUGCCUGCCCACCCGGAUUGCUGGGACAUGUUCCUGUAUGCAGGUGGACCGGUCUGGGCCCUGGAGUGGUGUCCUACACCUGAUGGUGCUCCAGCAUCCCAGUACAUAGCUCUGGCCUGUCACCGAGGGAUGGACGACUGGCACUAUGUCAACAAGAUGUACACCGGACCUGGACUCGUUCAGCUGUGGGACGUGGGCAAGCUGGAUUACAACAGCAGACCAGACUCACAGCCAGCCUUGGCCUAUGGCUUGGCCCAGAACAAAGGCUUCAUCUGGAAUCUAAAGUGGUGUCCUGCAGGAGGCUGGGAGCCUCCCAGUUGUGACAGAAAGGCACCUUUUCUGCCCAGACUGGGUCUUCUGGCAGUUGCCACCUCCUCCAGUGUGGUCACCAUUUACAGUCUGCCCCACCCUGAUGCUCUAAACUCCAACAAGAAGCUUGCUAACUCUGGAAAAGCCAGCGAACAGUUGCCAAUAUUCCAGGCAGAAGGAGUGUUAACACUGAAGCUGGGCUCCUUCAAAGCCCCUCGCCAUGAAAGGAGUGGACAAGUUCUGUCUAUGGACUGGCUGCCUAAAAAACCACACAAUAUAAUGGCUGUUGGAUUCUAUGACGGUGUAGUAGGUCUGUGGGAUCUGUCCACAAAGUCUGCGCUGUUGCGAGUGCGACAGUCAGACGGGUCAUUCAACCUGAUGCCCUAUCGAUGCUUCCUGGCUCACGACCACGCUGUCCGGGCCUUGGCCUUCUGUCCUGCCUCCAGAUACCUGUUGGCGACAGCAGGAGAUGACCGCUAUGUGAAGACUUGGGACCUGAGGAGGCUUUAUGAUCCCAUCAAUGUUCUGAAACGCUGUCUGACCACUGAUGUCCACUGGCCAUUGAAUGCACCUGGCAUCCUGUUGGCCCAGGAGAACGCAUUUGCGGCGAAUGGUUCACAUGGAGUCCAUUACUUUGACCAUUUCAUGCGCUCCAACUUCCCAGUUCCUAGGACAGGCACAGUGUGGUCCAUGUCUUAUACUGAUUGGUUGAACAGUGUGGUGACGUCAGACAGCCUCGGUGAUGUGAUCCUUGCCAUCUUACCUCACAUAAGUUCCACUCCCCAACACGUCAAACGCACGAUAGAAAGACGCUUUCCCAUCUACUUAACAUCCCUGGUGCCUCAUGAUGCAGCUAAAGAAAAAAAUCAAGAGAUGGGAGGAGUGGAGGAGGAGGGAGACGCUGUUGAAGAGCAAGGAGGAGACUCAGAAGGACCGGACGCUGGAUCUGAAGGAGGAAAUGAGAACGAUAAAGAAAACAGAGGAGAUGGAGGAAGACAUGGAAAGGAUAAAUGUCCCCCUCUGCGGUUCCAGAAGUACAAAGACGCUGCAAAGAAAUACUACCUCCACCAUACAGACGGCAAUAUGCUGACCUUUAUAGCAAGCGAGAAGCAACCUCUGUGGAAACGCAUGAAAGAAACAGAGUUGAAGGCAAAGAUUAACAUGGAUGAGAUGCCAUUGGCUGCAUUACACAAGGUGUGUUUCAAUCCGAACAUGUGCUGCCAUACGUGGGUGGCGUCGGCGGGCCAGACGGGGCUGGUCAGACUGAACUGUGUGAGGGGUUUGAUCACCUCCGAGGCCAAGCAGAUGAUAAGCGAGAACCAGGCCCAGUUCAACGCACUGUACUCUCAGAAAGACUCACAGAAGGAGGCCGUCCAAACUGUAACAGACGAGCUAUAGCAGCAUCAGUUGAACUUCACCACAGGUGGAUGACACUGUGCAAAAAACACACACCUGCAAAAAAGUAUUUUUUAGAAUGAUGAAGACGAUAUUAAUAUUUAAUUUGCACAUAACUGUAUACAUUUGCUGGGUUUAAUCCUGUUUCAAUAAUCCAAAGACCAGCAAAUAAAUGAUCAACCAAUUCAACUUUAUAUUUAAGUAGGAAAAACUAAAUGAUUUGCAGGUUUUGUGGCAUUUCUUCAACAUCAAACUGCUUUACUUCCCACGAAAUGUCUCAUUGACAUAAUUUCUCCAUCUUUUUCCACUGUUCACCAAACUUUGAAAAGUGUCAAUGGUCACAGUUUAUAUGCCUCCAAGAAGUUUAAGCAGCUGGCGAUUAAGUGUCUUGCUUUGCAGUUUCCACCUAAUAGUUAUUGAUUUCAAGUAGGGGUUUCGGUUGCUUCAGUAUCUAUCUUGGCAAACAAAUUGCAAAUAUGGCAGUGAAUCCAUUGUUGACAGUAGUCCAAGGUAUUAGAAAAGGAGAUUAUCAGCUACAUUCGCUGUUAGAAAAUCAGCCACACUCAGGAAAAAAAAUUGAAAUUGAUAACAAGUUUAAAAAAAAGUUUUUGCUGACUUAGUUAAUUAGUAAAGAGUGAUGUGGCUUUAUGGUUCACUGUUGGGCGUGGUUACAGGUGCAACAGACUUGGGAAUCAGAAUAGUGUUAGUUAUUCUAAAAAAAAUGAACACAUUCAAAAUAACAAAACAUACAUCCUGUUCUGUCAAUUUAAUGUAAACAUCACUCAUUAAAUGUCUCUAGUUGGUGCGUAAAGUCAAACAAAAGUGUUUCUGGUUACAAAAUGGAAGCUGUGAGAAAUUGGACUAAAGGAUUUCUUUCUUGUACAUUAUUUUGGCAAACCUUUUGUAAUCAGCAACACAUUCCACUGCAGUUUAUGUGAAUGUCUGUCUUCAGAUGUGUUGGCAUUGCUAACCAGAGGGUGCAGCACCAAGAAAAGCAGCAUCGCUCUCUAACUCGUUUGGCUGAUCAGAGGAUCGGAAACAUUGGGGGUCACAUUUGCAGCACACCGUGUGCUAGUGUUGGUUUCUUGACAACAUGCUAUUUAAUUUAUUUUACAGUACCUUACAGAUACGCCCCCAAAAUCUCCUCCCACCUCACUGUUGAUAUUCUCAAACUGUGAAAUGUGCUGAGUUUCAAAACCUCAACAGCAAGCUGGGGGGAAAUUGGGAGCAUAUCUUUAAGUUCAUUUUUGCUGCUGUAUUUUUGUAAUCAAACAUUUUUUUUCUCUUUUACGAUGUCAAGAACAUCUCAGGCUUUAACUGGGAGGAAAUACUUGAAAUUUUUUUAUUGUAUGUAAUGCUGGAUGUAAUGUUUGUAUAUGACACAUUCUAGGUAUUUUUUAAAUGUUAAUUUCUUCACCUGUUAACUUAAACCUGCUGUUGUUAUUCUGAUGAUUCAAACAUUUUGAUUCCUUUUUUUAUAACAGUUGCGGUGAUAUUACCUCCAGUUAUUUUUCAGUGUCUACAAAACAAAUUGGAUAAUGUUAUUAUUUACAGGCGCCGCUGUCUUUUUUUUAGAGGCUAUCUAACACAUGUUUUCCUCCUAAGUUAAAUUAGGGGUUUGAAAAUGUGCUCAUCAGUUUUGUUUUAUUCCAAUUAUUUACAACUCUUAUCGACAGUUUAAAAAUGAUGUUUAGUACACCACGAUAAUAUUGUCAGUCACAUAAAACCAAUAAUCACAAAAUUAUCGUUAACUUGUAAAUCAUAAGUUAUUGAACUUUAUUUGAACUUGCUCUUCUAUUCUGCUCUGUUGCUAUUUUUGAAAUGUUACAUGUAAUAAAUGUUUCUGGGUAAAUUAAAUAAAGUUGACAUUGAACAUUCA